CUAGCCCCUCCCCAUUACGCUUGGCUGGGAGACUGCAGCCACCUCUGGGGUGGAGUGCGGGGCUGGCUAUCCACUGUAUAUUAGGUGCAGAACAGCCGAUGUACAUGGAGUGGGUCGUCCCUCCCUCAGCUGCCCCGCCCUUCCCGCAGGGAGGGGCACGUGUUGGGGAGAAGAAGGCUCCCUGGACCUGGGGGCGGGGGGGCAGGGUCUGGUUCCUGAAAGUCUGGAGGGCGGGGCUGAGGGCUGUGGGAGGCGCCUAUCCGUCCGAGAGCGAGGAGGGGGGCAGGGGCGGGUCUCUCCGUUGUCCCCGCCCUGGGAAUAGCUGGUCCCUCCCGCAGGUUAAAAUACCUGGAGCCAGGCUCCAGCGCCAGCAGCUCCGUCUGCCCGCCCCCGAGCCUCGCGACCGGGCCCGAUCCUCUCUGACAGCUGCACGAGUUGACCCGUGACUGCCCCGACUCCUGCGGCUCGCGCCCCGCUCCCUCUUCGCCAUGGGGGACCCUUUCCACCGCUCGCUGCUGCGCACCCCGCGUGGCCGGUUCCGUGUCUCGCUGCCCCCGAGGGGCGAGUUCCUCCUGGGGACCCCCGAGCCUCUGAGCCCGGCGGGUGCCGCUGGCCAAAGCUUCUGCAUCCCGGUUGGCGAGAUGGUCGGGGUGCAGCUGGGUGGGUCCAGCUUGUCCCCCCCAGGGGAGGGAAACCAGUUCACAGUGUCCUAUGUGCAGCGAGAGAAGCGACAGUGCUGGAGCCUGGCAACCCUGGAGUUCACUGUGCCCCCCGGCUCGGGGCUGGCCCCACGCUGGGUAGACGCCCUGCAGCGCAGAAUCCAGCUGCAUGGGGUCACGCGCCCCAAGAAGCUGCUGGUCUUUGUGAACCCUGUGGGGGGGCGGUGCCGCGCCAGCAAGAUUUAUCAGGAUCAGGUGGCUGGGCUCUUUGCUCUGGCAGGGAUCCAGACAGAGGUAGUAGAGACCCAGCGACCCCACGAGGCAGGGGACAUGAUCCUGCAGCGAGACCUAAGUGACCUAGAUGGGCUGGUGUGCGUGGGGGGCGACGGGACAUUUAACGAGGUGAUGCACGCGCUCAUCUCCCGCACGCAGACGAAGGCCGGGAUUUCUGAGGACGACCCUAUGGCUCAGCUCCUGCCCCCUCGGCUCCAUAUUGGCAUCAUUCCCGCAGGCUCCACAGACUGCGUUUGCUUCGCCUCAGUGGGGACCAGUGACCCCGUCACCUCUGCCCUGCACAUCAUCAUUGGGGACAGCCAGCCGCUGGACGUGUGCAGCGUGCACCACCGGGGACGGCUGCAGCGCUACGCGGUCUCGCUGGUGGGUUAUGGUUUCUAUGGUGACGUGGUACGUGACAGUGAGCAGCAUCGCUGGCUGGGCCCUGUGCGCUAUGACUUCUCAGGUGUGUCCCGAGGGCGCAGCCGGAGCCCCCAGGGGUGGGAAUGGAGCACAGAGGGUGUCCAGGCCCAGGGCUCUGUGCGAUGCACCCCGGGGGACAGAUCAAGGCGGCUGGAGGGGAGGGCUGCAGGACAGUGUGUCCUGGGUGCAGGGGAAGAACAGCUCUGCCUGCAGCAGGCUGUGUGGGGGCCUUGGAGUGACAGUGUCUCUCCCCCAGCCGGCGAGUGGCAACGGGAGCGGGGUCGUUUCCUGGCCAUUAACUUGACCUGCAUGAGCAGUGCCUGCCCUAAGAGCCCCGAAGGCCUGUCCCCCAGCGCCCAUCUGGCCGACGGCUCGGCUGACCUCAUCCUGGUGCGCGAGUGCUCCUCCCUGGGCUUCCUGCGACACCUGAGUCGGCACAUGGACCAUCGAGACCAGUUUGACCUACCCUUUGUGAGUGUGCACCGAGUGCAGGCCCUGCGCUUCACCCCCAGCCAGCUGGAGGAGAGUGAGGAGCAGGGGCAGCCAGCGCACAGGGGCUGGAAGGGGCUGUGCUGGGCGGAGCACCCCCUGAGCUGCUGGAGCUGUGAUGGGGAGACCCUGCCCCACGCCGAUAUCAGCGUCAGGGUGCACAGGCAGCUCGUCCACCUCUUUGCCCGGGGCAUCGAACAGCAGCUGGGCCUGGCCUAGGGGCUGCCUGGAGCUGCAACCUACCAGGACACUGGAGCAGGUGGAGAGGCCAGGCCCAACCCCGCUGGAUUUGGGCCCUGCUGGGGCAGUGGGAUCGGCCCUGCCUGGCUGGUGCCGAGGGGUGUGUGUGGACAUGCAGGGCCUGCCCAGGACAGCUCCCACCCCUUGCUGUGAUGCUCUGGAACCAGGGGCCCAGCGCCGCUGCCUGUAGGGGCAGAUGGCUGCCAGGGAGCCACAGCUCAGCCUCAACCCUUCCAUUCUUGGUCUCCGCUCCCCCCAACACUGGAGGGCAGCCCAGGCCCAGGGCUCCUGACAAAGGGGCAGCUGCCAAAAAUAAAAGGAGAGCAAAGGCCUGUGUGUGUGUGUGUGUGGGGGGGGAGGGGUCGCGUAAUAUGCAUGGGGGCUGAGCCUGAUGGAGACUGGCCUCAGAUUUAACACUGAGUCCUGGCUUUCAUGUGAGCUGAGCAAGUUUCCAGAAACCCUACAGCAAGGCCAGGGCAAGGCCGGCAGCCACCCACGACAGAGGGGCCACACGAUUGGACAGAGGAAGCACAGGGACGAGGCUGGGCCCAACAAUCUCUUUACAAAUCAGCGCUGCACACAAAAGGCCCAGACACAGGGCAGGAAUGUCUCAGCAACACAGCACACACGCACAGCACC